UCCAGACCUGCCUGUUAGAUUACCCUCAUCCACCCCGAAUACUACACAACGAGACCGGACAGAACAUGAUAUCAGAUUUCCAAACGGAGAAUUUAAAAGAAGAAUAAGAAUUAUUGAUAUCUUGUUUAUCUGAAUCUCAUCCGCCGAUCCCCCCCCCUCUAAAUAUACGUCUCGUACUCUUGGCGCGCACUGGCUCGGAAGCUCAGCUCUUCACACUAUUGCUAACUAACUCGCCAUCCAUACGAACUCCGUCCGUGGUCCGGGGAAGACGAACCCGCCGCCGGCGCCGCCGUCGUAGAGCACCAGCACCAGCACCAGUACCGGCACCAGUGGCACCAGCACCACCAGAUAACGCGGGGACCAGGACUUAGCGCCCAGCCAUGCUUAACAACCGGGAGUCGCAGCUGGUCAAGGAGACGAUCCCGGCGCUCCGUCAGCAUGGCGAGCACAUCUCGACCGUCUUCUACAAGACCAUGCUCCGCGACCACCCGGAGCUCAACAACCUCUUCAACAGCGUCAACAUGCACACGGGCCGGCAGCCCCGCGCGCUGACGGCGCUCAUCCUCGCCUUCGCCUCCAACAUCGUCAACAUCAGCGAGCUGACCGAGAAGCUCGAGCGCGUGGCCCAGAAGCACGCCUCGCUCGGCAUCCAGCCGGACCAGUACGAGAUCGUGGGCCGGUACCUGCUGCGGGCCUUCUCGGCCGUGCUGGGCCCGUCGAUGACGCCCGAGGUCAAGCUCGCCUGGACCAAGGCGUACUGGGUGAUGGCGAAGAUGCUGACGGGCCGCGAGGCGCAGCUGUACCGCGACUUCGCGCCGUGGACGGGCUGGCGCAAGUUCAUGAUCUACGACCGGCGCGCCGAGACGCUCGAGGGCAACAUCGUGUCGCUGUCGCUGCGGCCGGUCGACGGCGCGCCGCUGCCCGAGUUCAUGCCCGGCCAGUACGUGACGCUGCGCAUCCUGGUGCCGGGCCAGCGCUCGGCGCAGCUGCGGCAGUACUCGCUCAGCGAGGCGCCGCGGCCGGACCACUACCGCAUCACGGUCAAGCGCGACCAGGGCGUCAACUACGACUACGCGUCGGGGUCGUCGGCGGCGUCGCUGGCGCUGCGCGACGCGGACGCGAUGACGGUGUCGUCGGCGGCGAGCAGCGCGUCCGACAGCAGCCUCGGCAGCGCGCUGCCGCACCGGCCCGGCGUAGUGUCGAACGCGCUGAUCGACGAGAUCCGCGAGGGCGACGUAGUGGAGCUGACGCACCCGGCGGGGGCCUUCUACCUGGACCCGGCCGAGGACAGCUCGAUGCCGCUGGUGCUGAUCUCGGCGGGGGUGUGCGUGGCGCCGCUGGUGGCGAUGCUGAACGCGGCGCUGGGCGCGGGCGGCAGCGGCGGGCGGCCGCGCACGCGCCGGCCCAUCUCGUGGAUCCAGGCGUCGCGCCACGACGCGCCGUUCCAGGCGCACGUGGAGGCGCUCGCGCGCGCGCACCCGAACCUGCGCACCAAGUUCUUCAAGUCGCGCCUGUCGGACAGCGACGUGCUCUCGUACACGUCCAGCUUCGAGAACGACUUCGGCGCCCUCACGCCCGACGACCUCUGCCUCGCCAACCGCUCCGCCGAGUACUACGUCUGCGGCCCCGAGAAGUUCAUGCUCCAGGCCGCCAGGCGCCUGCGCCGCGGCGGCGUCCGCCCCGAGCGCGUCCGCUUCGAGAACUACUCCGUCGGCAGCUUCGAGGUCAACCUAGAUUAAUGCCGCGCCGCGGCGCCCCUCGGGUUUCUUUUCUGUUCUACUCCCCUCUAUCCCUAUUUCCUAUAUCUAGUCAUUGUUUCAUUUUUAAAUAGAAGAUAAUCAGGCGCGUGAAGGCUUUCCUUAAAGCAUUUUUUUUUUCUUUUCCGCCUGUUUCGAAAAGCCUGGCGCUUUCGAAUCCUUGUGGCGCGGCCCGUCGCGGCCCGUUAUGCGAUUUUUGCUUGGGAUCGGGCCUAUCGUCUACUGGCCCUGACGCGGGUGUAAUGGGAAGAGAGGGAGGCCCG